AUAAAACCUCUUUAUGAAUUAACAUUAACAUUUGUUUUACAUCUGUUUCAGAUAAAGCAGAAAGCCAUGGAUCAUGUGUUCAUGCCGGCUGGUACUAUUGUAGACGAUACCCUUCUACAACUUGGAGAUCCCGAUGCUCCCGAAACAAGUCGCCCUAAACAGGAGAAUCUACUACGAAUGGUCAACCGCACCAGACAACGUCUGCGUCCUGAUGAUCCAACAGAUUUGGACUUUAACCUAUGUUACGAUUUUUUUUUACAGCUGGACAAUACUUUCAUUCCUGACGAGUUCCUGAAAGCCGACGUACAUAUUGAAGGUCAGCGACACUUGAUAUUAGCAACAGAUCGACAGCUGGAAAUGCUUUCAGAAGCCAAAACCUGGUACUUGGAUGGAACGUUCAAAGUAGUCCGACAGCCGUUCUACCAACUAUUUAGUAUCCAUGCCUUCAUCAGAUCCGGGAUUAUGAAGCAAGUGCCUCUCGCGUUCUGCAUCAUGUCCAGGAAGCGAAAAUGCGAUUACAAGAAGAUUCUGAAGAAACUGAAAAGGCGUCUUCCUGGAGAUCCAAAGGUUGAGGUCAUGGUUACAGACUUCGAAAGCACAGUGUGGAAGGCCUUUUCCAGCGACUUUCCAGCUGUACAGAUCCGUGGAUGCGGCUUUCACUGGGCGCAGGCCGUGAACCGAAAAGUAGGAGAACUUGGACUACAGGUAUAAAUAUUUUAUCUUCGAAAUGAUGCAUCUUUAGAAUAUAUAUAUAUAUAUAUAUACAUACAUAUUACGAAAUGCCAAUUUAAUAAGUAUGCAUUUAAUUUCAGGUUGCUUACAGGAAUGACGAUAGCGUUCACAAGUUUAUACGACAAGCA